AUGGAAGAUCAUAUUUUUUCUCAUUUUAAUGCAAUUUUACUACUCAUAACCAUUACCCUUUCCUCCAUUUUCAUAGAUAAAUUAACACAAAAAUCACAUAAACUUUCAGAUUUCCCGCCAGAAAUAUCCGGUGGCUUACCGGUGAUCAGUCAUCUUCUCCAAUUCUCUGGCACCGAAAGCAUUCCAUUGCAUCGAAAAUUAUCUUCUUUGUCAGAUAAAUAUGGCCCCAUUUUCACUUUCCGGUUAGAAAUACCGCGUAUAUUAGUGGUAAGCAGCUAUGAUGCUGUGAAGGAUUGUUUGAAUAUCAAUGAUAAAGUGUUUGCUGCCCGGCCGGGGAGUUUGGCCAGAGAGUAUAUCGGGUACAAUAAUGUAAUGCUUUUUCUUGCUAGUUAUGGUGAUUACUGGAGAAAGAUUAGGAAAAUUGUUAUUAACGAAGUUUUGUCUAGUAGUAAGUUGGAGAAAUUGAGAGAUGUGAGGGUUUCUGAAGUGCAAACUAGUAUUAAAGAUCUUUACUCUUUGUUUCCGAUCACCGGAGAUCAAAAUCUUGAUUUUCCAGUCACCGCUGAUCAUUUUCCGGUGACCCGAGAUAAUUUUCCAGUGGGUGGAGAUGAUAUUAGUUUUAUCGUGGAUGGAGAUAAUGUUAUCAAGCCGAAGAAACAACCUCUGACAGAAAUCCAAAGGAGAUAAUGUUAUCAAGCCGAAGAAACAACCUCUGACAGAAAUCCAAGGUAAGGAUUCGUACAAUAAAGUCUUCUUGACCCUUCCUUAGACCCCACGCAUGGCGGGAGCUUUAGUGCUAAGGGAGAUAAGGUAAUCAAGUCGUGGAAACAGCCUAUGGUAGAACUGCCUGGUCUUUGGAGCUAAUCUUGAUUUUCCGGUGACCGGAGGUGAUUUUCGGGUGAAAGUGAAUAUUACUAAUUGGAUAGAAAAGUUAACACUGAGCUUGAUAGUGAAAAUGAUAGCUGGAAAAAGCUAUGGAAGGGUAGAAAAAGGUGGAAAUGAAGAAGAAG